ACUCGUACGACGACACAACACACACAGUAUCAUAUCGCAACUCAGCUUACACACGUACAGCUUACAGUUAUAUCUCUCUUUCUCUGUUCUCUAUGAUUAAAGUGCAGUGCUUGUGACUCUUUGGUACAUCUGAGAUGCGGUCUAUCAGUGCCUAUUUACACGGUGAUUGAUCUCUAUCGCGUGUUCAGUUUGUGUCGUAAUAAAAACGUGUGUGGUGUCGUACGCGAACGACGAUACGCGCCAAACGAAAAAAUUGUGCGAUUACUACAACUUGUGCUUAGUGCGUGUGUGAGCGCGUCUCGCCACCACCGCAAGCAUCGAUUCUCGAAGCUCUAAAAAGAAGGAAGAAAAAAAGCUCGAAGAUAAAAGAGAGAUAAGUAGCGAUGCUGAGGAACGGUUUCGAUCGGACGAUGUCGCCCUACGAGUCCCAGCAAGCCAAGAGCCAGUCGGCCGCGAACGGAGUCGGGGCGACGACGAGCAGCAGCGAUCCCGACGCUGCGGUCAACUCGGCCGGCGAGUCGCAGCCGGAGUCGCCGCCCACCAGUCCACCCCAGAGCGAGACCAACAACAACAACAACAAUAAUAACAAUAACAACAACAACAACAACAACAAAAGUCCGAGCACCAGCCAACAAAGCUGCGGCAGCCAGAGCCAGAGCCAAAGCAACAACCCCAUGGAUCCGAAUCUGCGCCGGUACCGCACGGCUUUUUCGCGCGAGCAGCUCGCCAUGCUCGAGAAGGAGUUUCUGCGCGAGAACUACGUCAGUCGGCCUCGGCGCUGCGAGCUCGCCACCAGCCUCGGCCUGCCCGAGUCCACCAUCAAGGUCUGGUUUCAGAAUCGCCGCAUGAAGGACAAGCGCCAGCGCGUCUCCAUGGUCUGGCCCUACCCGAUGUAUCACGACUUCAACAUGCUGCUCAACACGCAGCAGGGCCAGCAGCUGAUGAGGGAAGCGGCGGCGGCCUACGGUCAGCAUCCGGCCUAUACGGGACUGCCCCCGGCGCCCCAUCAUCAUCAUCAUCCGCAUCAUCACGGCUCUAUGGCUCAUCAUCACCUGGCGCCGCAGCAUCUCUAUCCGUCCCACAGGGGUGGCCCCUAUCCACCCGCGACCGUAGCGGCACUGGCCCACUCGCAGAUACAGCGGGGCAUGCAGCACCAGCAGCAGCACCAGCAGCCGCCCUAUCCCCUGAUCACGCCCCAGGCGGCCAUGCAGGCCAACAUGAGCUUCGCCUCGGCCUUCGCCCGGACCGGUGGCCUCGACAAGCUCAACAUCGGCACGGCCUACGGCCUACCGCUGGCCGGUACGCCGGCGGCCGCUGCAGCGGCUGCUGCCGCAGCCGCCGCCGCCGCAGCUGCCAUGCAGCAUCAUCCGAGCUUCGGACCGAUCGUGUCGGCCGCCGCCGCCGCCACCUCCACCGUCGCGACGCCACCCUCGGCUGCGCCGACCCUCGCUUCCACCCAACAGCAGCAGCAGCAUCACGACAGCUCGUCCAACGACAGCAGCGAUUUCGCGCCCAAGCACGUGAGCAGUCCCGGAUUACAAGUGAACAACGCGCCAGUUUCCUCAUCGGUGACCCCGCUGAGCAGCAACGGCAUCGUGACUCACCACCAGGACCUGACCAGCAGUCCGGUCGCGUCCACGAUCGCGAGCCAACAUCAGCAGCAGCAACAACUGGUAGGAAGCGGCUCACCACCACCCCUGCCGCAGGGUGGCCGUCGCCUGGUGCCCUCGCCCAACAGCGCCUUCGCCGGUGUGAGCCCCACUCAUCAUCAUCGGGUAUCGCCGGUCACUACCACACCCUCGCCGCCCCUGACCCCGCCGGAGUCCACGCCGUCUCGUAACCAUCACAACUCGUCCUUCGGCAGCAGCUGCAGCAGCGGCUCCUCGGGACAGCUGGACACGAGCGGAGGCAGUGCCGGCCUCGGUGGCAGCGUCGUGGCCCCCCCACCGAUCAGAAGCUCCGCCAGCAGCAGCAGCAGUAGCAGCAACGGCAGCAGCAACGGUAUCGCGCCCGUCACCUCGAUGUACCAUCCCCAUCAUCAUCAUCAUCUUCAUCAUCUGUCGCCGCCCGGCAACGAGUCGCAGCACUACGAAGCCAGUUUCCGAUUCCCGACCUAUCAUCCGUUACUCUUGCAGCCGGUCGAGCAUCAGGUCCAGCCUCAGACUGCGACGGCUACUUCGGGAACGCAGCAGCAGACACAGUCCCAGCCGAAGCUUUUCCAGCCCUACAAGACGUCGUCGACGUCGUCGUCCAACGACAAGGCAUGAAAGAGCCGACGUCCGGCGUCGUGAUCCUUAGUCAAUAAGUAGAAACACGUCUCAUUAUGCAAAUUAUCAUACAUUCCAAAUUGUACAUAUAACAGUAAGAGAAAUUGUAAAUAUCAUUUUUUUUAGCCGAAAUUCAAGCGCGACCGAGACGAAAUUCGUCGCGAACGCAUCGACGAUAAAAAAAAGCGUGAAAAACUGAAAAACUCGCGAUCGCGUGGAUUAAAAUUUCUCGUCGAAUCUUACCUUUUUUUUUCUUCGCGCAACAACGAAAGCCAUAUAGUUUUCAAUUAAAAAUUAUUUGAAAUAUUUAGCUCUUCGUGUAUUGCAUGGAAUAAGAAGAAACGAAAUCGGCAAGGAACCUAUUUUUCACGAGACGCGAAUCUUCGAUUUUCACGCUACGGGAAUGCGAGGAAUUUCUUUCGGUGCAGCAGCUCAUCCCUCGUUCUGUAUUAUACGUCACGAAAAAAAAAUCACGCACGAAGAAAAAGAAACAAACGACGAUACGUUAACUGUUAAUAAGAUAUUUAUAUGUGAAUCGUGGUGGGACACAUACAAUAUACUUACACAAGGCACACAGUUUCUUUUUCUCGCUUGUAUGCAUUUUCCAUGUCACCCUCUCAUUCGCCAAGUUUGUAAAUAUACUUUUUUUAUGAAAUACAUAAUAAUGUAAGUCCACGAUUUUCCGCUGAUCAUCCGUACAUGUCCCGGCGCGUCGUCCUUUUGCGUCGAACGCGACCGUCGUCUGUGUUAUUUAACGAAGUGCAAUAUUGCUAUAGAUAGUGUGAAAAAAUUUCGUAUGAUUUUUUUUUGGAUAGAAGCCAAAUAAUUAGUCUUUAGAGUAAUAAAAGUUCGAGCCGCGGAGACACGCGGGGACAUGUACGGGCGUAAAAACCAAAAACAAAGUUUAUCCCUCCGCGGAGGAGGAAGAAAUUUGAACGCUGAUAUCUUCUGUAAGAUAGAGACUUCGUAAGUUGACGGGUUAAAUUUGCUUCCACCGCAUUAAGGAGAGGAGUUUUUACGGGAGGAAAUGAAUCGCAAAGAUAAUUUGUACAUAUUAAUUAAUUAUUAUGUAAGAAAAGAAAAUUAUAUUACUUUAAAUUAAAAUAGAUAUACACGAAAUCGAGUCGCCCUCUCGUUGACCGCGACGAAAUUGUAUUGUGAUCGAGAACGAAAAAAAAAAAAGAGUCUCGCUGCCUCCCUUGUAUAUAAAAAAAAAAAAAAACGCGAUCCAUUGUGCGAUGUACGACGAAUCGAUCGAUAUUAGUAUCUAUUGAGGCAGCGAAGCAAAAAAAAAUAUCGAAUAAGUUAACGAGAUAAAGUGUAAAUGUUUUUAAUUUGCGUUGUGUAUCAGAUGUAAACGAAGCUCACGAUUAUUUUAUUCGUUCAUAAUUUCAAAUUAUGAUCUCAUUGUAUUUGUACAUAUGUAACGCGGCCGAAACGAGCCAACAAACACACACACACACACACACACACACACACACACACACACACACAA